AUGAUAACAUCCUGGAGCUCAAGUCUACAGACUCUCCAAGGACAUCACAACUCAGUAUUCUCUAUAGCCUUCUCCCAGGACGGUCAGACGAUGGUCUCAGGUUCAUCUGAUAACACUCUCAGGCUCUGGGAUGCUAAAACCGGCAAAGAGCUGCAAAUAUUUGCAGACGAAAGUACCAAUUUUGUCUUGUCUGUAGGCUUCUCCCCAGACGACCGAAGGGUAGUCUCAGGGUCGCUUGAUAAAAAGAUCAAGCUCUGGGAUGUUAGAACUGGUGAAAAGCUAUACACUCUUGAGGGACAUUCUGGGUCAGUCCCAUCUGUUGCCUUUUCUUCAGACGGUCAAAUCAUAGCCUCUGGUUCAACUGAUGCGACGAUCAAGCUCUGGUCUACUGAAACAGGUAACGAGCUACAGACCUUCAAAGACCAUCGUGGUUCUGUCUAUUGUGUGGCUUUCUCUCCAGAUAGUUAUCUAUUAGCUUCUGGCUCAGAGGAUGAGACAAUUAAUCUCUGGGAUGUUAAAGCAAGAAAGAAGGUACUAACUCUCAGGGGUCAUUCUGACAGUGUCAACUCAGUAUCUUUCUCUCGAAACGGCAAAAUACUGGUCUCUGGCUCGAAUGAUACAACAAUCAAGCUCUGGAAUACUGAAACAGGUCAACAGCUACAGAGUUUUAAAGGCCAUUCUGACCAUGUUAUGUCUGUCGUCAUCUCUCCAGACAGCGAAUCAGUAGCCUCAGGCUCACUUGAUAAAAAGAUCCACCUCUGGAAUAUCAAGACACGUGAAAUAUCAAAGACCUUUGAAGGCCAUUCUGGAGGAGUUCUCUCUGUUGUUUUCUCCCCUGACGGCCAAACAGUGGUUUCAGGCUCACAUGAUAAAAACAUCAAACUCUGGGAUAUCAGCAUAGACAAAAAGCUACAGACUGUAAAUUGUCAUUCUGCCAAGAUAAAGUCUAUAGCUUUGUCUCCAGAUGGUCAAACAGUGAUUUCUGGCUCAGAUGAUACAAAUAUCAAAUUUUGGGAUACUCAGACAGGUCAAGUACUACAUACCCUUGAAGAUCAUUCCAAGUCAGUUCUAUCUGUGGUCUUUUCUCCAAACGGCCGAACAGUAGUUUCUGGCUCAGCAGAUCACACAAUCAAACUCUGGAAUACGGAGACGGGCAAAGAAAUACGGACCUUCAAAGAUCAUUCGGAGAUUAAAUCUGUAGCCUUCUCUCCGGACAGUCAAACAGUGAUCUCAGGCUCGAAUGAUACAACAACCAAGCUCUGGGAUACUCAGACAGGUGAACGACUCCAGAUCCUAGAAGGCCAUUCAGAUUCAGUACUGUCUGUUGUUUUCUCUCCUGAUGGCCGAAUGGUAGCCUCUAGCUCGGAUGGUGAUGCAAGGAUCAAACUCUGGGAGGAUACAACGAUCAGGCUCUGGAAUUUCAAGACAGGCAAAGAGAUCAAGCCCCUCAAGGUCCGCUCUGAUUUAGUUCGAUCUACGGCUUUAGUGCCUGACGACCAAUCAGUGGACUCUGACUCAGGAUCUUCAUUUCUCGGGCUCUUUGGUAACACGACAAUAAAGGUCUGGGAUGUUAAGACUUGUGAAGAGCUACAGACAUUUGAUAUCCAUGCCGAUUCAAUGGAGACCGUUGACGGCCAAAUGUCAAGUCAGUCUAGUCCUCAGGUUUCCGUCAAAAAUGAGUGGAUCACUUUCGCAAACGAAAAUAUGAUGUGGCUCCCUCCUGAGUAUCGUGAAUUCAGCUGCUCAGCUAGACAGGGUGGUACCAUUGCUCUUGGUUAUGAAGCUGGGACUGUUUUCAUUGCGAGUUUCCGUGAUCAUUAG